AUGUCAUCACCAACAUCAACAAUUUCCUCAAAUGGUUUUACUUCAUCAUUACAAUCAUGUUUGUCAUCAAAUCCUUCUAAUAGAUCUGUUGUCAAUGUGGACAAAAUAUACCAAAGACUAAAUAUUUUAGAGUAUGAGAAUCAAAAAUUGAUGGAAAGUCAUGAAAUGCUAGUUUCUGAAGUAAAUCGUCGUAGUGAGAUGCAUAUUAUGGAAGUAUCUAAAUUGCAUAGAAAAAUUAAUGAAACAGAAGCUAUUAAUCAAGAAUUAAAAGCACUUUGCUCCAUGUUUGAGAAUGAAGCUAAAAAAACAAGAAUGAUUGUUAAGGAGAAUGAUAAAAUAAGAAAAUAUUCAAAUGAAUUUAUUAAACAAGAAUUAAGAACUUUUGCCGAAAAAACUAGAGAACUCUCUUUUAGUAAUGAGCAACUUAUUAUGGAAAAUAAAGAAUUGAAACGACUUUGUCUAUAUUUAGAUGAACAAAGAUUUGAUAUAAUAAAUAUGUCUAAAAGACAUGUUUGCUCAAAUUGUCAAAAAGUACAGGAUGAUAUAUUUGAGUAUAUUUGUAGUAUUGUAAGUAAUAAUAAAAAUGAAGAAGAAAAUAGAAUUGAAAUGUUAACAAAGGAGAUGCAGACAAGUCUUUGCCUAAUGAAGGAUAAUGAUGAAGAUAGUGCCAUUACAACAACGUCUAAUGAUUCAAUAUCUAAUGAAAAUUCUAAAAACAAUGACCUCUUAUCAUAUAUUUAUUCACUGGAGAGUCGAGUUAAUAAUUUAGAAAUUGGGGCUCAUAAGCAUCUUAGUCAAAUUUCUUCAGAAUUUGAAAGUAAUGAUGAAGAUAAUGAUUUAAUUAGAGUUUCUCCUUUGUUAAUAAAAAAUAAAAACCAGUUAACAACAAGUAAAGGCCACACUAAUGGUAGUGAAAUAAAAAUUUUAUCGGAUGUAUGUGUAAGUGACGUUGAAAUGUCUUCAUCAAACAAAUUAUUUAAUAAUACAGUUGUUGUGAAUAAUACAACAGGAAACAACAUUAAAUUAGAUAAAGAAGGGAAUCAUGAACAUGAUUGCAUAGUAUAUGGAGGAUGUCAUAAUUUUAACGAAUGUAUCAGUAAUAAUUUUGUAAGAUUUUUGAGCAAAAUUGAUGAAGAUGAAGAGAUUAGCUCUAAAUCAACUGUCAAAAAUAGUUUAAGCGAUAUAUUAACUGAUCUGUCAUCAUCACAAAGCCCAAAUACAUUUACAUCUGAAAUACCUCCACCAAUGGCUGAUGUUAGUGAAAGUAUUGGAAGACUAAGUUUUUGUUCUAGUUCUAAUAACUCAUUAAAUUCAACAAAUAAUUUAAUUUUAUCUCACAAUUCUUUUCAUCCCUCAAAUGAAUGUUAUUAUGAAGAAAUCAGAUUAGAAAAUAAACUAUCAAGUCCUAUUUACACACCAAUAUCAAAAAUUUCAAAAACUACUAAUGAAAAUUCUGAAGAUAUAUUAAGUAGUCGUCCUUCUUCAGGACAUCGAAGACAAUCAUCAAUUUAUAGAAGGUCUGUUAGCAUGAAUAAUGGAGUUAGAAGAAAUCUAAUUGACAAUGAAGGAAACAACCUACCACCAAUAAGACUAAGGACAGGAUAUCUUCAAAAUAACACAACUUCCCCUUCUUAUUCUAUUCCAUCUGAAGAAGAUAAACGAAUGCUGCAAAGGGCAUGUCAACUACAAUUUAAUCAAAAAAUAAAUAAAAAAGAAAAUCAAAAGACAACAAAAAUUUUAGUUGAUCAAAAGUCGGGAAACAUCAAAGCUGAAUUAACAGCUAUCUGA